AUGAAGGCGGGGCGAGGGAGGAGAACAAGCGCGCGGCGGCAGCGCCAAGGAUGGGUCAGUCGGCUUGGAGAACGGCCGCUAACGUCGACGAUGGGCCCCGCGGGCGAGCCGGAGAUGGACGGGCGACCCCGCCGUGUGGACCCGGGUCCCAAGGGAAAAACAAGCGCGGGCCGCGGGGCGGAGCCUUUCUCGAGGUUAUCGCGGGAACAGCGACCCCUUGAGGAUUGCGGCGGCGCAGCCCCGGGGCGCGCCGGGAGCUCCGCCCGGCUCCUGUGGAGGAAGCGGCGAGGGCGAGGCGCGGGGUCUCGGCGCUUCUGUAUGCUUGCACUUAACGAGAACCCACAGCGAACACGACCCACAUUUCUCUUUUUGUUUUAAGAGGAAAUAUAGGAGUUACAGCAUAGAAUUACAAUAUCUGGACAUUAGAACUGACAGGUCCCGGUCACGGUAUGGCACCGCGCGACACACUUGGUCCCUGAGGCCUAGAUGCCGCUCAGCGAACGUUCGCAGAAUAGGGUUGGGUUUACUGUCCCCCACCGAGCCGGUUGCUCAUUCAUUCAGCAUAAUUGAAUACCUCCUGUGUGCCAGGCACUGAAUCAAGUGUCGGAGACAAUGUCCUGCCCUCAAGCUCCUGGCCGGUUACUUGACAACCUUCCGGGACCUCAACGCUACGUGCCUACUGUGUGAAAGCAAAGUGCCAGGUGGAGGACACAAAGAUGGCGAGCGACACAGGAUAGUCCUUAACAAUUAAGCGUGACUAAUUUUAAUAACAAAUGAGAAUAUGAUGUGACAUCCGUUCCAAAUCCUGUCGUUCCAAAUAACUUCUUAAGCAUUUUUCACGAUACAGCCUCUGCUUGAAAGGAAUUAAAACAGGUACAAGCAUGGAAGGAGACGUUGCUAUCAUAUUUCAAGAAUAAGAAAAUGCUGUUUUGUGUGGUUGUGCAGCAGGCAAUGAAAUGAGCUUACAUUCAAGCUUCCGUGUUUUACUGAAACAACAGUCACAGAUGCAGUAGAUGUUAAAGGUUGAAAGACGAGUGCAGUAAAAGCAUUAUGAGGACAAGAAGAAAACGUAAAUAUUUGUGUUGUUUCAUUCCUUGUUGUGGUGGCAGAAACAGCCCCCUCUUUCUAAGAGUAAGGAAGGACUGAAAGGAGGAGAAACUAUGGGUUGCCUUUUCCUUCUGUCAUCUGUUCAGCAUUUCAUAGUAAAACCUUUGUUGACUUAAUAAACAUAAUGGAUACUCAUUAAAAUAUUCAAACAGCAUAGAAAGGGACAAAGAAGAAAGCAGCCAGCAAUCCAAGUACCACUAUCCAGAAAUAGCCAGUGAUAUCUCUUUAUGUGUGGAAAUACAAUGAAAAUUGAGUGAGAGAGAGACAUACACAGAGGAAGAAGAAAAAGAAGGUAUUAGAUCCUACAAGACCCCUCUUGGAGUCAUUUUAUGUGAGGUUUUCUUCUUCCUUCUUCUUUUUUCUAAAUCACCUGUUUUAAUCUUAGACAUCAUCUAUUAACUUACCAUGUUAAAGAUGAGGUAAUUAGAACUUAUUUUUUUCUUUUGUCUUGCAUUUGUCUCUCUACCAACUUACAUUGCUUUUAUUAUUUUUACUUUGAGUUAAGCAGUGAGUCACCAGUAAUGUCCAGUGUUAUUGGAGUAUGUAGGAAAACAAGCAUUCUCAAACACAAUAUGAGGAAGUGCACAUUGAUAAAGAUAUUUUGAAGGGUAAUUUGGCAUAUUAAGUAAAAUUUAAAUUUGACCCAGCAAUUCUACUUAUAGCAAUCUAUCCAAAGCAUAUUUGUACAAAGAUAAGUAUACAAGCUUUUGUGCAACACUGUUUUUAAUACCAAAGAGUUGGAAAUGUUAAUCAGUAAGAAAAUCGUUUUAUGAAGUAUGGUGCAUUCGCAAUGUGAAAUACUAUAGAAAAGUUAAAAGAAUUAUGGAGACAAAUAUGUACUGAAAUGGAAAAAAUUCUAAAUUAUGUUGUUAAGAGAAAAAAGAAAGUCAUACAAUAUACCUACAGUGUGAUUCCAUUUUAUUAUGAAAUAAUAUAAAUAUAUAUCCACACAUUCACACUGAUACAGAAUUAUACAUACAGAGAAAGACUGGGGAGAGGAAAAGGACUAGGAAGGUAAAGAGGAAAGUUCAUAUUUAAUCCCAUAUACUGAAAAUCUGCCUUUGUGUUUUACAACAGGAAUGUAUACGUUGUAUAAAAGGCAGAGAAAAGGAGAAAAAACAGUCUCUUCUCCAAUAUGUGUAAGGAAUCUAAUUAAUUUUAUGUAGUAUUUCUGGUUUAAUGAUUGAUAUAAUGGGCAAAUCUGCUUUCUAUUUCGGAUGAGAAACAAAGCAAAACAAAACACCCUAGCUUUUGACAUAAUCUGCAUGCCUUGCCAUAGAUGUUAGCCAACAAACCAAAACUUCUCCUCACCUCAAAAUGACAUAAUUUCUUUCCUAUUACACUUAAGAUCCUGGAAUCAUUUAGUUCACUGCAUUCUUCAAUCUUGAAUAAAAGUGCUAGACUACUGGCAAUGCUAUUCUCUUUCAAAGAGCUUCUUUCCCAUUAUGCCCAUGUUUUUACUUUGAUGACUGAAUGCUCAUUCCACUUUAAAAUAAAGCUUGACUAUAAUUUUAUUUUAUACUUUAGUUACUGAUAUUACCUUGUGACUUGGGAUGAAGACUAAAAGGAAAAGUAAAAUAACAGUUUGGCUCACAUUGUUGGAAUUUAGGUUAAUAUGACUCAUACUAGCAAUUAGCUUCUUGUCCUGAAAGGUAAAUAUCAGUGUAUUUACUGACACUUUGAGGUAUGGGAGUAAGGAGACAACACCACCAAAUUAUGUGGUAUAAGUUUAAGCUCUUAAGUUACCAAGGAAAAACUUAAAAGGAUCCACUUGCCAGUUACUUACCAAUAUGAUCAUCUAACAAACACCUAUUAUGAGCAACCCCUAUGCUAAGUUCCAUGAAGGACAGCAAUAUAAGAUAUAAUCUUUUUUUGUUAAACGAUAUGCGUACGUGAGAUAAUAUGGAAAGUUGAAUCUAAGAAAGGCUGGCUUGGGAGGUAUUCAAGUGGUCGUGGUAGAGUUAAAGAUACCCAGAAGUCUUCUAAGAAGCACAAAACAUGAUUCCUGUACUCAGAGACAUGCAGUCCUAUUCACAUGCAAAGAGGACCUACACUGGCUAUUGCCAAGUAUCAAGCGAGGUGAGUGCUAUCAUAAGUCACAGAAUGGAUACAUUAUUUGAGUAGUCAGAUAAAUCUCACAGUGUGAGGCAUAAGAUGUCUAAUAAUGUCUAGAAAGCAAUUGGAAAUAUGUGAUUAAAGCUUGGGAAUGAACACUGGGUUAAAGAUAGACACUUUGGAGUCAUUUGCAUGGCUGUGAUAAAUAAGAUUUCAAAUAGAAGAUAAACAGAAUGAAAAGUGAAGGAAGAUUAAAAUCUGAAGAAAACAGCAAGACACUGUAAAAAUAAAGACAGUUAUAGAACUGACAUGUUCACAAAUAUUAGGCAAAACAAGAGUUAACUAAGUGGACUGCAUUCAAAAAGUUUAAGUAAUCUUUUUAACUUUUGCUUGGAAUAUUGCUGAUCCUUGUUUUGUUUUUCAGAGUCAAGGAAACUUAUUUUAAACUAUUAAUGGCCAUUAAUAAUUGAGUAAGGUAUACUACUGUAAACAAAAUUUGGACCAUGUUCAUUUUUCUCCACCUGGUUCCUCUAAAAUUUGGAGACUACCUGUAAGUACUCUUAACUUAUGGCAGUAUAGUUGUUUGCAUCAGUGCAAUAAGAAUCCAUUUUUCUUUGUCAACAGGACACAAUUGGAUAAACUGGUUAUUUUACCAAGGCUUUGGCUGAAAUGGUGUGUUUCUCUUUAAGGAAUCAAGCUUGACAUGCAGAGCCAAUAAAAGCCCCUUGGAGAACUGGCCUCAUACCUUGUCUAUACAGUCCCCACACAGGGCUCCUAACCUGUAGUCAAUAAAGAAUGUCACUUUCUAACAGGUCUGGAAGCUCGGAGUUUCUCUUGGGACCUCAAGAAGAGAGGAUCACCCAACUCACAGAAGCAAUCAAACUCCAAAUGGUGCUGCAAACUGAACCCCACGUGGACACGCCAUUCUUCUGAGGACCCUUAGAUCCACCCCAGGAGGAGCCCUAGCUGCUGUUCCCCAUUCGAUGCCCCUUUUCAGCUGACCUUGCCAGGGGCAGUCCAUGAAAGUUGAAUAUGAUCUCCUUGAAACUUAGCCUCGAGGUCUACAAUUUUACCAGGUGGGAACACCUGAGAAUGAUUACCAUUAGGAGGCACUCCUGAUACAGUAAACGACCCUCCAGAGAAAUUGAUUAAGAAAGCUUAGAGAACAUAAAAUAAUAGACCUACCUCUGCAAUACCUGGUAUUCGAAGACGGGCAGACCGAAUAUUUAGUUCACCUUCUUGAAAAUCUGAGCCAACUGGACUCCAAGUGCCACGAGAACAGAGAUUGGGUCUGGUCCCCAGCUUCAGUGCCUCCAAGGCAGAAACUCAAGAGACGUUGUUGAACUGUCAGCCUUUACAUUUAUGCAUUACUAUUGAAGGCCUGGAAUAAAUGGAUCGUGUUUUACCUGUUA